AUGUUCAUUGCCGGUAGGUUGGUCUUGGAUGACCUCGGCGCACCCAACUAUCAAUGCGAUGCAACGUUGAUGAAGCCAAGCAAAAAGAUUCCGACCAAUGUCAACUCAGUUCGACCAGCCGACAUCAAAGUUGUCAUGGCAUUGGGAGAUUCACUAACAGUGUGUUCAAAUCCAGCCAUUGUCUUGCUUUUUAUGAAUCCUCUUGGUGUUGUCUUACAAUACAGAGGGCUCGCCUUCCAGGCUGGUGGCGAUAAAACACUGGAUGAGCACGUCACUAUUCCAAGUCCCCACUUAACUGGUCUUUCAGAUGUGCUUAAGAAGUAUAAUCCUAAACUGUUUGGCUACUCCAACGGAAUAGGAUCUCCUAAUGUUUGGGAAGUUGCCAGAUUGAAUGUCGCCAUGCCAGGAGCUGAAGCACACGAUCUUCCUGGACAAGCGCAGCAAUUAGUCGGUUUGCUUCAAGCUCAUCCGGAGGUUGGUCCCUAUAUUUGA